AUGGCUACUAUUGAGGACAUUCAAAAGCAGGUUUUAGUUGCCUAUCAGCAACAUCGGCAACUGUCACUAAAGGAGGCGGACCUGCUGACGGUCGAAUUGCUCGAACUGCUCUCGCAGACAGAAUGCACACCCGAGACACUAAAAUACGUGGGAAGGUUCUUUACCAAGACGACAUAUUCAGACUUGAUAGAUGAGCGCAAUCUAAACAAGCUAUGCGGGUACCCGCUGUGCGGGCAGAGCCAAGGUCGUAUCCGUGAUCCCUACGAGAAUCGACGGGUGAGCAACUUUCUGACACAGAACAACCCCUACAAAUAUCUCACAAGCUUCUGCAGCAAGCUGCACUUCCGGUGCUCACAGUUCUACCAGGUGCAGCUGUCAGAUGAGGCAUUAUUUGCGCGGGUAGGUGUGCACCUCGACGACUACGAAGCAGGGCGUGUGUUACUAUUAGAGGAAGCCAUGGCUGAGGAGCGCGAUCUACGGACGAUGAUCCGCGGCAUGAACGGGCUGAGUCUAGGGGAGAACGGAGCGGGUGACGAACUACAGAAGGACCUCAGCGAAUGGCUGAGCGAGGUGCGCAUAGUUGAGAACGAGCGGCCGCCUCUGCUGGGAGACCUGAUGAAGGAAUAG